AUGAGGCGUUUCAUUGGCUCUAAGAAAGCGGAGCGUGCCAACAACUGUCAGCCGAGCCGUGAAGCCAAACCUCCCCACGUGCUCCAGACCGCAGAGUCAAAAGAAACCAGCCCUCCGCCUCAGACAGCCAGGGUCCUUCUGGCCAUAAGGAGCCCAUUAUGCUCCGGGGUGUCACGCAGCCAUCUUUGUGCCGACCCGCCGCCAUGCUGUGGCGUUGGUAAAGGCUCGGUGGGCAGAGCGCUGGCACACGGCGCUCGGGACACGCUGCUAAAUCCCAUUAGAGUUCUUCCAGAGGAUAGGAGGCUGCCAGUGACUGUCAGUCAGCAUCAGGGUCAGUCCUCAGGGCGCCGCCACGCUUUCAUCGACCUUUAA